CUUAAAUCCUAGGCUGACCAGAUAUCCGGUUUUCACAUAAGAUCUGUUCUCUGCGUCCCUAUUUGGAAUAGCAACCACCAGAUAAUUGGGGUGGCUCAAGUGUUAAACAGACUUGAUGGGAAACCUUUUGAUGAUGCCGAUCAACGACUUUUUGAGGCUUUUGUCAUCUUCUGUGGCCUUGGCAUCAACAACACAAUUAUGUAUGAUCAAGUGAAGAAGUCCUGGGCCAAGCAGUCUGUGGCUCUUGAUGUACUAUCAUACCAUGCAACAUGUUCAAAAGCUGAAGUUGACAAGUUUAAGGCAGCCAACAUCCCUCUGGUGUCAGAACUUGCCAUCGAUGACAUUCAUUUUGAUGACUUUUCUCUCGAUGUGGAUGCCAUGAUCACGGCUGCUCUUCGAAUGUUCAUGGAGCUGGGAAUGGUACAGAAGUUUAAAAUCGACUAUGAGACUCUGUGUAGGUGGCUUUUGACAGUGAGGAAAAAUUAUCGAAUGGUUCUGUACCACAACUGGAGACACGCCUUCAAUGUGUGCCAACUGAUGUUUGCGAUGUUAACUACCGCUGGGUUUCAGGAGAUUCUGACUGAGGUGGAAAUUUUAGCGGUGAUUGUGGGAUGCCUGUGUCAUGACCUCGACCACAGGGGAACCAACAAUGCCUUCCAAGCUAAGAGUGGCUCUGCCCUGGCCCAACUCUAUGGAACCUCUGCUACCUUAGAGCAUCACCAUUUUAACCACGCCGUGAUGAUCCUUCAGAGUGAGGGUCACAACAUUUUUGCUAAUUUGUCCUCCAAGGAAUAUAGUGACCUUAUGCAGCUUUUGAAGCAGUCAAUAUUGGCAACAGACCUCACGCUGUACUUUGAGAGGAGAACUGAAUUCUUUGAACUUGUCAGUAAAGGAGAAUAUGAUUGGAAUAUCAAAAACCAUCGUGAUACAUUUCGAUCAAUGUUAAUGACAGCCUGUGACCUUGGAGCCGUGACCAAACCGUGGGAGAUCUCGAGACAGGUGGCUGAACUUGUAACCAGUGAGUUCUUUGAACAAGGAGAUCGGGAGCGAUCAGAACUCAAACUCACUCCUUCAGCUAUUUUUGAUCGGAACCGGAAAGAUGAACUGCCUCGAUUGCAAUUGGAGUGGAUUGAUAGCAUCUGCAUGCCCUUGUAUCAGGCAUUGGUGAAAGUCAAUGUGAAACUGAAGCCAAUGCUAGAUUCAGUGGCUGCAAACAGAAGUAAGUGGGAAGAGUUGCACCAAAAAAGGCUGCUGGUCUUGGCUACCUCACGCUCCCCUGCCAGCCUCAUGGUGGCCAAGGAGGACAGAAACUAAACCUCCAACUCAGUCAGACCUCAGGUCUCGGGGAUGUGCUGGGAAGCAUGCCUGGGCUUUCACCUUGAAGUGUGCUCAGCAGUGAAGAGAGUGACAGGAAGGACAAAGGACGUCAUGGGGGCAGGGAGCACGUCCCAGGACACUCAGUUUUACCUGAUGAACACACACAGGCUGAGAUGAAGGCUCUGGGCAGAGGAUGGUUUUGGAUCCAAGGACCCGAGGACAGUUGCCCGCUCACUCCGAGCUGAGGGAAUACAGGACGGUGACAGUGUCAUUAGUGCUG